CAAACGAUGGUAUCAAAGCGGGGAGGAGUAACACGACGAUGGAAAGAGACACAUUCCGUCAUAAAUCCAAAUCUUGAAAUCGCCCUAGAAAAACGGGGAACACAAACACCAUUCAUUGCACUGCGGGGGACGUUUGCACAAUUACGAUGGAGGUGGUGAGAUGUCAACUUCUGCUCGGCUAGACAAGCGAGGAGGCGAGCUUUCCACGAUACGCCUUUCUUCUUUCUUCCACACUUCCGCUGUCACGGUGGGAAGGGAAAGGCAAAGAACGUGUGGUGUGCAGCGGUGGUGGGGUGAUUUCGUUCGGCCGGCCGGGGGGGGGGGGGCCCAGCGAAGUAGACGGCAUAGGGGAUCUGGCACUUUUUUUUUUCUCUUUUCACUUUUGUUACCGGCGGGACGGACCGGGGAAACGUCAUGGUGUCACGCCAGAGCGGAGCUGGUGUCGCCAGGUCGGUCGUCGUCAGAUAGUUUUGCGUGGGGUUCUCUCGGUUCGCUUCCCCCAACUGGGGCUUGGCGUCGUACCGAAAUCUCACGAUGGGGGAGUGGAGUUUGUGUGGUGUGACAUUGACGAUAGGUAACCCGUUCACUCGCGACGGAAAGCUUCAGUGUUCUUGUCCAUCGUGUAAUCGAGCUGGAGUGGGGGUGUCUUCUUCCCUCUCUCGGGUUUUUUUUUCUUUAGCAU